UCCCUUACUCGGUUUCUUUAAGGAUCCUACAGUUUCCAACAAGACAAGCCCACGCUUGUGUCUCGGUCUCCGCGCAAGGUAGAUGAGUCGUCUCGCUCCGGUUUCGGAGGAGCCCAUCGACGAAGAGAGCGCCAGGAGCUGCUCCAAGAGAGGUCGGUCAUGGCGGGACUGGCUCAGGACCCACCUGUCUUUUCCGUUCAGCAAGAAGACUGGUCAUCUCAAGGUCCUCCUCAGCGUCCUGGGUUGCCCUCUCUUCCCUGUCUCCGUCCAUCAGCAGGCGCCGGCCAAUGAGGUGUCUUCCUCAGCACAGUACAUCGUACAACAUUUCACGGCUGCCACGGGCUGCCGGAAGCUGGAUGGGCAAGUGAAGAACGUGUUUGCCACGGGAAAAGUCGUGAUGGCGAUGGCGGAGGAGGUCGGGCCGAGCGGGGCGUCGGCGGCCGCUGUGACCACCAUGGCGAGCAGCGUUUCACAGCAAAAGGGGUGCUUCGUCAUGUGGCAAAUGGUCCCUGACAAGUGGCUUAUAGAGCUGGUGUUGGGGGGCCAAAAGGUCGUGGCCAGCAGCAACGGCAGCAUGGCUUGGCGGCACACGCCAUGGCUCGGCGCACACGCUGCGAAGGGCAGCGUCCGACCUCUCCGGCGAGCUCUUCAGGGACUAGAUCCGGUAACGAUAGCAGCCGUAUUCUCCACGUCAGAAUACAUGGGAGAGAAGAGAAUCGGGGACGCGGAUUGCUUCGUCCUCAAGCUGUCCGCAGAUCAAAUGGACCUGUCCGACCGGAGCGAUAGCACAGCGGAGAUGAUCAGGCACGUCGCUUUUGGCUACUUCAGCCAAAGGAACGGGCUCCUCGUGCACCUGGAGGACUCUUAUUUGACAAGGAUACAAUCCCCUGGGACACACCCCAUGUACUGGGAGACCUCGAUGGCCACUCACAUCCAAGACUACCGUGAAGUGGACGGCGUUAUGAUCGCUCACUCUGGCCAAUCGAGUGCGAUCAUCACACGUUUCGGGGAUGAUCAUCUACGGGCAGGCCCGGCAAUCACGCGGUUGGAAGAAACGUGGAUCAUUGAUGAUUUCGCGUUCAAUGUGCCUGGUCUGUCCGUUGACAGCUUCAUUCCACCCAAGGAUGUGAUGAAGGACCAUUUUCCAUCAGAUGAUGAUUGGAAAUCACCAUUAGACUGAUACAUCAAUUUUUCUCUUGCCUCUUUAUCAUCAGGAGUUUUGAGUUGAUGAUGCAACAAAAAAGGGAAAGGUGCAUCUUAUUUUAGUGUCAUUGACUCACAAAAUUGAAAGUCGCUAAUUCAUUUGGUUCAAUAUGAGUAUAGUGCUUAUGUACAAAACUGCUUCCAAAGCCUUUUUGUGGUCCUGUUUUGGUACGGAUCCAAAUCUUAAAGCAGAUUA